AUGACCACAAUACAAUAUGACCAUGCUUCGCCGGCGAUUGAAAAAAAAAAAGUGACGGGUGGGAAUACGACCACAGAGUCAGAGGAUCGAGAUGAAAGCUAUCCAGAAGGAGGCGGCGCGGCAGGUGAGGCGGCGCGGCAGGUGUGCUUCUCCAAGCGGCGUGCCGGCGUGUUCAAGAAGGCCAGCGAGCUCUCUGUUCUCUGCGGCGCCGAGAUCGCUGUCCUCGCCAGCGGCAAGCCCUUCUCCUACGGCCACCCCUCCGUCGAGUCAAUCUUGGAACGGUUUUUCGGUGGCAGUGCCGACGCCGCGCCUGCUACCCCGCCGCGGCACCCUCUCUCCGGCGUGCUGGUUCAGACGCUCGGCCGCCAGGAGAAGGAGCUGAGGGAGCGGCUCGAGGAAGGGAGGAGGAGGAAGGCGGCGCUCGAGGAGGCGCUGCGGGGGCCGCAGUGGGGCCCGGUGGGCGACCUGUUGGGCGCUGAUGUGGAGGAGCUCGGGCCGCCGGAGCUCGACCUGCUGCAGAGCGCGCUGGAGUGGGUGCGAGCGGAGGCGGUGAGCAGGGCGAGGCAACUGGCCGUAGAGGCUUUACCGGCGCCGACCGGGGAGGCGAGCGGCGAGGGCUUUGCCUUCUCUUCUGCCCCUCCUGGUGGAUUUUAG